AUGGGCACCCGUUGGAGGACAGAGCCUAUUCCACCUCAUCUACUGAUGGAUCACGAAAUGGCGCAAAAUACGAGCCGCCGGCCCCAGAUCUUUGUCCAUUUCGAGUUUGGAGUCUCAUUCUCACCCAGGCAUGCCCCCAAUCCACACUCAGUUACCUAUGUUUCGAGGGGGAUGCGCGAUCGCGCCCAAAACUUCCCUCGACAAGUCCCGCCUCCAACUACAAAUUACCUGGAUACACCCACAUACCAGGCUUACCAGCCUACACGACCAUCACCACCUGCCCCUCAGCAAAGCAUUCCACAGUAUCCCCCGAUGCUGUCCCAUCUCGAGCCUAGAAGGCAAUCUCGACAGGAGAGUCGAUCCUCGGGCUCAUCACACGAACGAGGAAGCUCGGCUCCUCCGCCUUGGAACGACAGUCCCUGGGAUGCCGAACCAGAUGCUUUGGGCAGUUCGGCAUUGCCGCGUCAACGCCCGCGGGCACCCACGACGAACGCCCCGGAUUACUGGAAAGCCCUACCAGAGGUGCCAUCACGGUUCCGACUAGGAGAGGAUGAGCUGCCAUGGUCAGCUUCGUCAUGGCCUGGGGAGUUUGGCAUGCCCGAUGAUGCGGAAGCCGCCGAAGACUAUUCUUCUGAGGUGUCGAUGAAAUUCCGUGAUAUUGCUACGCCUGACCCUAAUCCAACCUCCCGAGAAAGAGAGGACCCUGGGAGGAGACAGGAGCUGGAGGCACUUUCUGCAGCCAUGAUGACGAUCGACAAUGGCUUCGAGGACCAAUGGUGGUACCAGGGAGAGAGACAGCAGACUGCAAACCCAGCAGGAGAUCUGUUCACUUCAUCGGCGUAUGCAACUGCGACUGCAACAGCGGAAGCAGUACCACAAACACCAACACAACGUAGUGACGGCAGAGAGUCGUUAGGGUGGGCUGUUGCCCAAGAUGAUUCUCACAUGAGUCUGGCGGGCGCCACGGCAUACAAUCCGAGCCUAUUGGUAUCACCCAUGUCGGAGUACGCAAGCCCUCGGCUUCACCGGUCAUUGACUACGAGGUCUGAAGAGCUUUUUCUAUUCAAUUGA